AUGGCAACCAAGACACCACUCCCUAUUCGUCAACCACCAUUCCGCAGGAUUGGUCAUUGGCUACCUGAGAAUAACGAUGUUGUGGUAGACUGGCUCCGCAAUCUGCUUAAAGAAAUUGAAAAAGACAAAAAGAAAGCCAAGGGUCCGAUAAAACUCAGUGCUGAGGUGCAAGAUUUAAAAGACCACAUUGAAAGCUCUGCUGAGCUUCGCAUGCUGGCCCAAUCUAUGCUGGAUGAAGUUCCCGACAAGCCUCCCUACAAUGAAGACCCUGUUGGAAACCAGCAGAUCAAGUCUCUUGAAGACCUAUACCUUUGCUUCAACAAAGUUAUGACUUCAAAGGCUCCUAUAUGGAGAAAGAUUGAAUACGAUGUCGGGCUAGUUGGAUUUCCAUUCAACGCCGUUUUGGACUGGCCCAUGGCCACUCCCAGUGGAUAUGCCUUUUUCCUCAAGCCUGAUAUCAAUGAAAAGUUCAAAGCUAUCCUCGAUACUUGGAAGGUGGAUUUUUUACAGACACUGGCAUCUGCAAAAGUCCUCCUACCCAAACCGGGUGACGGAAUCCCCUUGGACGAAGCGUGGCUGAGCCCAGAAUCAAGGGAAUACAUUGAAAAAGACACCAAUCGUGAAGGUGAAAACUACAAAUUCGAGGAGCUCUUUGUGUGCGACCCAGAAAAAGACUACUGGAACUUCAAAUCUUGGGACGAUUUCUUCAUCCGAAAGUUCAGAGAAUAUGACACCAUCCGCCCCAUUGCGUAUGAGAACAAUGACGACUGGAUCAUCAAUUCUUGUGAAUCCAAGCCAUUCUCUUUGCAGGCCAAAGUCAAAGAUUACGACAAGUUUUGGCUAAAGGGUCAGCCAUACUCUGUUCUUGACAUGCUGAACGAUAACAAAGAUUACGCACCCGAUUUUGUCGGGGGCACGGUGUACCAGGCUUUCCUAAGUGCCACCUCUUAUCAUCGCUGGGAUUCGCCAGUCAACGGCACAGUCCUCCAUGCUGAAGUCAUCCCAGGCACUUACUUUGCGGCUCCUUCUGUCACGGGAUUUUUAAACCCUGACGGCCCUGAUCCAGCUUCUCCAGACCUUGCUCAAGGCUAUAUCACCCAUUUUGCCACCCGAGCUGUCUUCUACAUUGACGCGAAGAAAAUCGGCUUGAUUGCUCUACUCUACGUCGGUAUGGCUGAUGUCUCGUCCUGUGAAAUUGUUGCUCCUUUCAACGAUCUUCCUGCAGGAGGAGCACCUGUUAAGAAAGGAGAGGAACUUGGAAUGUUCCAUCACGGGGGCUCGACUUACUGUCUACUGCUACCAGAGGGAACAAAGGCGACUUUCAUCCCCGAGGCCACUCCUCGAGAGGGACAGAAGAAUAUCCCUAUUCGAAGUGCGCUGGCUCGCAUCUAUAAUGACGAUGCCUAG